AUGGAAACCAUGAGAGCGGCUGUUUUUAAGGAGGUGGGCAAGAUUGUGGUUGAAGACAGGCCCAUACCGCAGAUAGCGAGUCCUGAAGAUGCUAUUGUCAAGGUUAAACUCGCAGGUGUCUGUGGAAGUGACCUUCAUUGGUAUCAUUUUAUCCCUGGGCAUGAAUUUGUUGGUACUGUGGCUGCCGUUGGAGAUGGUGUAAAAACAGUCAAACCUGGAGAUGAUGUUGUGGUGAGUACUACUCGUCAAUUGAAAGCGAAGGCACUUGUAAAGGGAGACUGCUUAUUUGCUGUGUUAUCUAAAAGACUCCUUUCACUACCUAAUGUGGGGAAUGCUUCUACUGCAAACACCAACAGACGAGCCGCUGUGAGAAAAGUCUGCUUUUUGGUAAGUAAUCGAUCUUAUGGGAUCGGCAUCGAUGGUGGCCAAGCUGAAUAUGUGAAGGUCCCCUUUGCUGAUACCACACUUGUUCUAUCUCCGGAAUCUGUGCGCCCGGAGCUGCUUGUCCUUAUGUCGGAUAUUUUCCCUACUGGAUAUUUCUGCGCUUCAAGGUAUUUGAAAAAUAUGCCUCGGUCUGAAGCUGAAGAAAGUGUGGUGGUUGUCGUAGGCUGUGGACCCGUAGGGAUUUGUGCAAUCGCAGCCGCACUUACCUGGUGUCCUACUGUCUAUGCCGUUGAUCUCGUUCCAGAGAGACUGGCCGAGGCAGAAAAGAUCGGAGCCAAGGCACUUCUACUUGAUGAAUCUGUCGAGGCGACGAUCAAAGCUGCGACAAAUGGUCGCGGGGCUGAUGUUGUACUCGAAGUGGUGGGCAACCACGAUGCCAUGCAACUCAGCUUGGCCAUGGUACGUCCGUUUGGGUACAUCAGCUGUGUGGGUGUUUAUCUUGGCAACUAUACCUUCUCUGGCCCUACAUUACACGCAAAAAACAUGACUAUUGCAUGGGGUCGUUGUCCAGUCAAGGGGAUAUUUCAAGAGUCUCUGGAUUGUCUCGCCAAGGUCCAAGAUAAAGUUGGAUUCCUUUGUGACCUCCAUAUGCCACUGGAGGAUGCUUCUCAGGCCUAUGAGAUUUUCAACCAGCGAAAGGCGCAUAAAAUUAUCCUUGACAUGCUUUAA